UCAGAAAACUUACAGAGGGGAAAGUGUUUUGGAAUCGGAAAGUCCAGAAUUUCAGUGCGCAACGAAUUGCGCACAAACUGGACUAUUGGAGAAUACCCAAGUGAAUCAUUUUUUAUAUUAAUAUAUUUAUAUGAAAAAUCCACCGGAUUCUUCUUCAUCAUCUAUUUUUCAUCAAAGACUGUUUCUAUUUUCUCAUUUUUAAGACACCCCAAACUGUGCUUUCACUUUGCAUGCGGAGUUUUCACUCGAAUCUGAGCCAAACGUUCAUGCGUUCUCAUAUCUAGUUCAUGCUCUCUUUUUUCUUUUAAAUCGGACCUCAUUCACUUUGAAACGAAGCAUGGCUCUUCUUGUGCUGGGUACAUUUCUCACGGCGUUGUCCAUCAGCGGAGGCUCUUACGUGCCGUGCGAGCCGUGCGAUCAGAAGGCGCUCUCCAUGUGUCCUCCGGUCCCGGUGGGCUGUCAGCUGGUGAAGGAGCCCGGCUGCGGCUGCUGCUUGACUUGCGCUCUGGCGGAGGGGCAGGCGUGCGGGGUGUACACCGGUACAUGCACGCACGGACUGCGCUGCCUGCCGCGCAACGGCGAGGAGAAGCCGCUUCACGCCCUGCUGCACGGCAGGGGAGUGUGCACGAACGAGAAGGGAUACAAACCACCGCAUCCACCCAUUGAUCGCGAAUCAAUAGAGCAUGAUGAUACAGUGAAGCCAGACACGACUGAAGACCAGAUUCCUAAAAUUCCCCUUUACCCCAAACCAGACGUAAUCAACAGCAAGAAGCAUGCUGCCGUGCGCAAGGACAAGAAGAAACAACAGGAGAAGCAUCGGUCACUGGGGUUGAUGGACUACUCCCCCCUUCCCAUCGACAAGCAUGAGCCUGAAUUUGGUCCCUGCAGAAGGAAGCUGGAUGGAGUCAUUCAAAGUAUGAAAGACACCUCCCGCGUCAUGGCUCUUUCCCUCUACCUGCCUAACUGUGACAGGAAGGGCUUCUUCAAGCGCAAACAGUGCAAGCCCUCCCGCGGCCGGAAACGAGGCAUCUGCUGGUGCGUGGACAAAUACGGCGUGCAGCUGCCCGGCACUGACUACAGCGGCGGUAACAUCCAGUGCAAGGAUUUAGAGAACAGCAACAACAACGAGUGAGAAUCAACCCACCCUGAUCACCAGACCUAGGGCCCACCUCCUUGUCCUGUCCCACCAGUCUACCCACCAGUCACUUUGAGAUUUUGAUGCAAAACGACAAAGAAACACAAAGGCUAUUACAAAUACGAACAAUCAGACUAAAAAGAAAAUGUUAAAGUGAGAUAAUCCACAGGAAUCGUUUUGACUGAGCGCUCAUCUCUAUCUCACUGGACUCAGCCAAUCAGAGGAGCCCCCUGCUAGAGCUGAGUCCCAGCAACAACAAUAAAAAAAAUUGCUAAAAAUAUAUAUAUACAUACAAUUAUAUAUUUUUAUAGAAGCUGGGGUUUGAGCACCAUACUGUUUUGUUUAAAGUUAACAUAAAACAAAAACAAAAAACCUACAAAAAAAAAGAAUAUAUGGCAUGUUGAAUAUUAACAGGGCUAUCUUGGUCUUUUACAUCUUUUGCUGUCAAGGUAUCAAAGGAGAUAGCAGGAACUUUUAUUAUUUGAAAAAAAAACGUGUUGUUUUUCAAAAGAAAAGAAAGAAAGGAAAACACAUGGUAGAGAUCUGCUGAUACAGUCAUCUCUAUCUGGCUUUUGUUUGGUCCUGUCAGAGCACUUAUUCAUUGGGGAACCUGCUUGGAAAUGUGUAACUUCACCAAGUUCAGUGUAUGCGUGUAUUUACGAGUGUGCGCUUGCGUACGCACGCGUGUGAGCAAUGAAAUACGGCGAUAGCAUU